GUGCGCUGGGGAGAUUAGCGGCCGGGCGUGGGCGGCGGUGGCGGCAGUGGCGGCAGUGGCGGCGGGGACACGCACCGCCAGUGAACAACGCGUGCAAGCUCCACGGCGGGCCAGGUGCGGCCAGGGUCCUGCAAGCCGGUGGCAUGGCAGCGGGGGGCGCCGGGCUGCCCAAGCGCCUGGCCACCCUGCUGUCGGGGCUGCUGGAGUGCGGCGCCUUCUGCGGCAUCAUCUUCGGCUGGGCCUCCCUCGUCUACGUGCUCAAGAAGCUGGGCUACUUCGAGGAGCUGUGCGUGCCCACCGCCAGCCCCAGCCCCAACAGCACGCUGCUGCCCGUGUCCUCAGUGUCCCCCUGCCCCGCUGACCACUGCCUUGCAGACUGCACAGGGCAGGAUGAGCAGUUCUCCCUCAUCUUCACCAUUGGCUCCUUCAUGAACAACUUCAUGACCUUCCCCAUGGGCUACAUCUUCGACCGCUUCGGCACCACUGUGGCCCGCCUGAUCGCCAUCUCCUUCUAUACCACUGGCACCCUGCUCGUCGCCUUCUCCACACCAGGCUCCGCUGUGCUGCUCUUCCCGGCCAUGUCACUGCUGUCGGUGGGCGGUAUCCUCCUCAUCCUCACCAACAUGCAGGUGGGCAACCUCUUUGGGAAGUACCGCUCCAUCAUCAUCACGCUCUACAACGGGGCCUUUGACUCCUCUUCAGCCAUCUUCCUCAUCAUCAAGGUGCUGUAUGAGCGCGGGCUGUCCUUGCGGGACAUGUUCCUCUUCAUGGCGGGCUGCAGCGCCUGGCACCUGCUGCGCACCCUCUUCCUCAUGCCCCGGAGGAGCAUCCCCUAUCCGCUACCCCUUGCCUACAACUAUGGGCUGCAGUGCGAGUGGCCGUCCCAGUCAUACCGCACGCGCGAGGAGAAGCGGCUCCCGGGGGACGGCGGCCCCAAGGACGCCCCGCUGGAGGCUGGCGUGGAGCCCCCUGCGCCCCGCGCCCCGAAAGGUGGCCCUGCCGGGGUGUCCUUCAGGGCCUGUGUGUGCUCGAGGCUCUUUGCCUGGCACGUGGUUUGGCUCUCCACCAUGCAGCUGCGCCACUACCUCUUCAUCGGCACCCUCAACCCGCUGCUGGACCACCUGGCUCACAACGACUCCGGCCUGGUGAGUACCUACACCAACGCCUUCGCCUUCACCCAGCUCUGCGGGGUGCUCUGUGCCCCCUGGAAUGGCCUCAUCCUCGACCGCCACAAGCGGGGCAAGGCCCCCCGUGCUGAAGGAGCCGCGGCGAAGCUGGCUGACCUGCAGGCAUCCGUGCUGUCGCUGGUGGUGACGGUGACCCAGUGCCUGCUGUUCUCCAUCUGCGCUGCCGUGCCGGUGCUGCCCGUGCAGUUUGCCACCUUCGCUCUGCAGGUGCUCAGCCGCUCCUUCCUCUACGGGGGCAACGCCGCCUUCCUGGCCAUCGCCACUUCGGGAAGCUCUACGGACUGGCCAUGGCCUUGUCGGCGCUCGUGGCCCUGCUGCAGUACCCCUGCUUCGCCCUGGUGCAGGGGCCGCUCCAGGGGAACCCCUUCUACUGCCACCAUGCCACCCUACCUGCUUCUCGCCCUGGCUCUGCUGGGCUCUGCCAGCGCCCGCCACCUUGCUGCCCUUGAGGCACCCAAGCUGGGCAGCUCUGCCCUAGAGGCUGUGGCUGAGGUGUCGCCGGUGGCCCUGGAGGACAACUCUGAGUGCCCACGGGACAACGAGACAGUGCGGCUGAGCCUGCCGGGGGCCCUGGGAGGCACCACCUACCGCUACGUCAUCGUGAAGCAGCGCAGGAACUUUCACGGAGCCCAGAAAUUUUGCUACCAGUGCUACCGCGGGCGCUUGGCCUCCAUCCACAGCUACAACAGCAACGCCUGCCUGUGGCGCAAGGCCCGCUCCCGGACCAACCGCGGGCAGGUCUGGAUUGGGGCUGUCACCAGACCCUUGGUAAGGACCCCCCCCCUUGCACCCGGCACCCCCGGCUGGCACCUGGAACCCGUCCCGUGCCCGUCCCUGAGGGUCCCAGCCCUGCCAUGCUGUCCCUGCGGCCACUUCGGCGUGCACCAGCCCUGCCCCACCGUCCCCAUGCCCACCCCGGGUGCCCCCAGCCUGGCGCCCAGCGGUGGCCCGAGUGACACCUGGGGCGCAGGGCAGGAACGUGUUCUGCGAAUGGGUCGACCACCAGCUGUGGAACUUCGCGCACUGGCUCCGAGGCUACCCCUUGCACUCGGGCACCUUCUGCACCUCCCUCUGCACCGCAAAUGGGCGCUGGAGGAGCGUGCGCUGCAGCAGGAGGCUGCCCUUCAUCUGCGAGUACUGAGGGGCUCAGCCCCACGGCCCAGGCAGGGGGCCUCCAGCCUGCCCCACAAUGGGUGGCACCCUGCUCCCCACAGACCCCAAUAAAGUGCCAGU